AUGGUUCUCGAAGCUACUAUGAUUGCCAUUGACAACUCAGAAUAUAUGAGAAAUGGAGAUUAUUUAACAACAAGAUAUGAAGCACAAUUAUCGGCAACAGAAUUCAUCUUCCAAAAUAAAAUAAACUCGAAUCCAGAGAAUACAGUUGGAUUAUUAGCAUAUGGUGGAAAUGGGCCUCAAGUAUUAUCAACAUUAACAACUGAUUUUGGUAAAGUUCUUUCCGGAGUUCAUGAAACUAAAAUAUCAGGUGAAAAUCAUUUCUCGAGUGGAAUUCAAGUUGCUGCUUUAGCAUUAAAACAUCGUGGAAACAAAGUACAACAACAAAGGAUCAUUGUAUUUGUUGGUAGUCCAAUUCAAGAAUCGGAUAAAGAAUUAGAGAAAUUGGCUAAAAAGAUGAAAAAGAAUAAUGUUGCAAUUGAUAUAAUAAACUUUGGUGAAGAAGGUGUCAAUACCCCAAAAUUGGAGAAAUUUAAUUCAAUUAUAAAUAAUCAUGAUAAUUCUCAUUUAGUUACAGUUCCACCUGGUCCAAGAUUAUUAUAUGAAGUAAUUGCCACUUCUCCAAUCUUAAUAGAUGAAAGCUUUGCUGGUGGAUCUGAUAUGGACUUCUUUGGAGGUGCUGGAGGCGCUGGAGAUUUCGUUGAUCCUUCAAUGGAUCCUGAUUUAGCAUUGGCUUUAAGACUUUCUAUGGAAGAAGAAAAGGCAAGACAAGAACGUGAAGCUGCUGAAAAGGCAAAGAAGGAGGCAGCCGCUUCCAAUGAAGGUAGUGGAUUAGAAAAGAUCAAUGAAGAUAAAAAGGAAGAAGAAGAUGGUGAUGUUAAUAUGGAAGAUACAAAGUAA